AUGGGCAGCGACUCCGACAGCGGUGGGUCCACUAACCCUCCCGGCGGAGCGUGGGUGCCGGUGGCUACAGGAGGACAGCCGCCGGAGGGAGAGGGGGAGAGCCAACGGCUCGGCCGUCGGGUUCCUGGACCUAUGGCCUCUGUGGCCCGAGCCCCUAUUCGGGACGAGGAGGCAGGGGUGCCGACGGGGAGUCGGGACCGUCUGCCGGACCCGACUGAUCGCCAUGCGCGCCAGUGGGACGGUACGGGGCCUACGCUGAGGGACCAGCUCGACUGGUUCGAGGCGAGGGCGCCCACAGACGUGGGGGGACCGGAGCGCAUCCGGCUGUUCUUGAAAUAUACCGAGAUACAGGCCCGGAUGCGGCUGGAGUCCCUCGUGGCUGCCAAUGGCAUCGGGUCGUGGGAUCGGUUCCAUGCGUAUCUUACGCAGAACUACGUGGACAGGGGGCAGUUUGCCACCCUCACGGGCCAAGAGUUUGACGACGCAGCUAAGGACACUGUUCCUAAUGGCUGCGGCUCCUUCGAGGGCGCAGUCAAGCUGUAUGAAUCCUUUGGGCGACUAGCCUCACGCUAUGAGCGUGGGGGAGGCGGCAAAGUGAUGGGGAACGAGCUUAUGUGGAGGUACCUCCCUUCGGGAGUGUGGUCCACGCUCGUCGCUCAAUAUGGAGCUGAAUGGGUUCGAGCCCAUUAUUGGGACAGGCGUAGCCUGCCCGAUUGGCGCUGGGUUGCCUCGGCUCUGAAGGAUAUGCUGCACCCAGACAAUGUGCUGGGCGCUCUUACCUUACGGAGGGAGGAUCCUAGUGUACUCACGCAUGCGGAAUUAGCGGCGGAGGCUGUCGAGGCUCGCAGGGCCUCCGAGGCCAGGGCGACCGAACGAUGGGGAUCGCGCCUAUCGGGUGCCCGGCCAGAAGUGGCAGGACAGGCUGCAGGAGCUCCGCCUCUGAGCAUCGACGAGCUGAGCUCACGGAUGAGUAACCUCGUCGUGGCUGCACGAUCGGGCAGUGUGUCUGAAAGGGCUAAGGCCCAGAAAGACUACAAAGCCUAUCGGAUCCAGCUCGGCCAGGUGUCGCCGGGCGCAGUCAUGUACUGGCCUAGCGCUGUGGGAGAUCGUCUGGGCGAGGCAGAGGCGACCACUAAGGAGGCUGGGGUGGCCUACAAUGUGGCUAGGAACAAGGGGAUUAACUCGUUAGAGUAUCUCCUAGCCCAUACUAAGGUGAUGGGCCAUGCGGCUGCCGGGAUGGAGCUGGGCCUGCCGGCCCCCAUGUACUACGUUGGCGGGGCAGGGGUGAAUCGGAACGUGGGGCCAGCUGUGCAAGGGAUGUCGGCUAUGGCUGCCGAGGCCCAGGCCGGUCCCAUAAGCGGUCGACCGACCCGUACGGUGACAUUCGCGGACAGGGGAGACGAGUGUUUCUUCUGCCGGGAGGGUGGCCACACUCAAGUGGGGUGCCCAAAAAGGAGGUUCUGCAUCGACAAGGGCUGGAUCGCCCUGCGUAUGCAGAACAUAGAGGGAGGACGUCGUCGCUACCUGUUGCUCUGGACCCUACCAGGACAGGAGGCUAACCCGAUUAGGGGAGGACCAUACGGCUCGUCUCCCUGGGAUCAGGUGCGACAGGUGCUAGAGCGGGCCAGCUUAUAUAAGCUGGGCGACGAGCACAACGCCAAGGUGUCGGCGAUUGACAGUCGCGGAGACUCCCCAGUGUAUGACUAUCGGGACCCAGACGGAGACGACCCCGAAGAGGAGGACUAUGAUGCCGAUGCGUACUGCGCGAGUGUCUACAGUGCCGCUGUGGAGGACGAGGAGAUCGUCACUGCCCUCGCAGCCCAGCUGUCGGUGGCGGAUCUGGAGGAGUUCGACGCCCUCGAUGCGGGCGACUCAGGUCGUCCAUGGGGCACUUCUACUUAUGCGGUGACCCGAACCGAGCCCAUCGCGGCUGGCUCGCGGGCUAUGCCAUAUUCGGGACGGCCAGCCGGCCGUAACCCAACGGCUCAGCCGUCGGGUUACAACGCUGUGAACGCCCCUAACCCGAGGGCGCGGCCAGUGACCCGAUCGGCCCCAGCCCAGCCGCCGGGCGAGGCUAGAGCGGUGCCUCGCGAGCCCUUGCCUAAGAGCCUGGUGCCAUCUCGUAUGGUCCCUCGGCCGACUCCGCUAAGCGAGGAGGCUAAUUGGGCUGAUGUCUGCUACAAGAUUGUGAGGACUAAGGCGCUGGCGUCAGGUGACGUCUCGGUGUGGGAAAUCCUAGUGAUAUCCCCGAUACUGCAGAAGUACCUGCAGGGGAUCAACAGGGCAGGCAACGUGGGUCUGCCCCCUCGGCCAGAGCCCACUGCCGCCGCCAGCGUCAAUGUGGCGUCCACCAGCAUCGAGCCCCUAGAGGACUCUAUGACUAUAGGCGGGGAAGCCGAGGUCGUGGUGGGUGAGGCUGCUCUGGCGGGAGAACGUCUUCCUAUCACGGAUGACGACAUUCGGGGAGGAGAGAUCUGGGGUAACGCCUGGGCUCCUCUCCCGUUGACUGUCAAGACUGUCCUCUUCGAGGCAGAACUAUGUGGGGUGUGUGUGCGGGUGUUGGUCGACGACGGAUCACAGAUCAAUAUGGUCUCGUCCGCUCUGUAUGAUCGCAUCGCGGACCACCAGGCCGUGGCCAUCCGGACAGACAUCCGGUAUUGGGUGUCUGGCGUGCACGGGGCGGCACGACCACUGGCGGGCGUAUUCGAAGGGGAUCUGCGCCUAGGAGGGAUGACGACGCGGCACGCCUUCUGGGUCAACCGAGACGCACCGGCAGACAAGGUAUUCCUAGGGAUGCCCUUCAUUGUCAAGAAUCAGGUGAACUUCAUCUGGUCGGGCAAUCGGCGAGUCAUGAUCAUGAAUACGGAGUUCGGACUCCAGGAGAUCACCAUGCACGGUAGGGACGGUCCCGUUGUGACCGUCCCCGACUAUACCGACGCCCGCAAGCCUAUGGCAGUCCGCCUAGGCCGACUGCGGAUGCUCGAAGCUAGGGAGCCACAAUUCAACCAGAAACUGCUAGCUAGCAAUGCCCUGCCAGCUGCAGUGUCCGUGUUGGAUGUGUGCGCUGUCGAUGCAGAACCAGAGGUAGCAGAGUCGGAGGCAGUAUGGCCCGGCAUGGCCUGGGCGUACGACUGGCCCGCAGCCACAGGGGAAGAUCCAACGGCCGAGCCGUUGGGCUGCGAUCCCACACCACCUGGAUUCGAGGGUAUCGACUGGGUGGAGAGCGAUGUGGAGGAAUCGGUCAUCCUGGAGGAUGCGGAGACCGGAUGGUCCGAGGUCAUACACGCUGGAGAGGCCCCACGCGAGGUGGCCUGCCACGCAGCCUACAAACCCGUGGCUCGCAAAGUGCGACCAGUCGACGCUCCUAUGCGCGAGGAGGAUAAAUUGAAGAUGACUAUCCCUCCGAACAUUGAGUCAACAACUCCCCAGGUGGAUAUGGUAGCGCCCUCGUGGGCUACUGCUCCAGCCGGAUCCCGACUGACUGUCGAGAGACGGAAGUCCCUCUUUGAGGAUAUGGGGGAUUUUUGA